AUGGAGCCCGCAGCCGAGGACGCCGCAGCCGCAGCCGCCGCGCCGGACUCGUGGGAGACGGCCGACAUCGACGGGCCCAUGAGCCGGCUCAUUCUCUCCGCGCGCCGCGUGUCCUCGUCGCCCGACCUCGCCGACGACCAGGAUCCGCCCCAGCCGCCGCCCACUCUGCAGCCGCAGGGCGGCCCACCUUCCUCGGCUCCCUCGGCUGCGCGCGAGGAUUUGGUCGCCCAGGUCGAUCUGUUCCUACGGGAGGCCCUCGAGAAACCAAGGGAGAGGCUUUCUGUGCUAAGAAUGGAGCAGGAAAUUUUGAAGUUCAUUCGUGACCCUAGGCGUACAGAGUAUGAAUUCAAUGGUCUUCCGACUUCGUAUCUGCGUCUUGCUGCACAUCGCCUGGCACAGCAUUACUUCCUGCAGUCCAUUGCCAUACCAGACAACAGUUUGCCUGAUGGAACUGGUUCGCGUAUCAUCCUCCGUAAGACAUCAUCCGAGUGCCGACUGCCUGCUGUCCGCCUUGCAGAUAUUCCAGUUAACCUGCCACAAGAAGAGAACAUCUCUGUGGCGAAAGUAGCUAUUAAGCAGAGGCCUCAAAAGAAUUUCCAUGGCAUGAACAGCUCAAGUGCUCACUCAUCUAGAGAGAACCACCAGAAAAGUGUCGAAGAAAGGAAAGAGGAAUACAACAAGGCACGAGCGCGGAUAUUUAACAACAGCAAUAGCAGUAUUGCUACUGAUGGGAGGUCAGCUGAGGAAGUGACUUUACCCAGUACUCUUCACAGGUCCACUUCCUUGGAGUUGAACUCAAGCAAUAGAAUGGGCCAAGGGGCUGAAAUUACUCUCGAGAGGAGCCUGACUACCACUUCAGCUAGCAGCAGGUCAAAUAGAAGCAAGAUUGAUAAGGAGCCUGCAGUCAAUACAAGCAGGCAGAACAAUAGGGUUGCAAUUUUCAGAGACCGUGAGUCAGAGCGCAAGGAUCCUGAUUAUGACAGAAGCUAUGACAGGUAUAUUCAAAGAUUUGAUCCUGGAUUUGGAUUUAGUGGAGGCCCAUACACAAUUCAACCCCUCUAUGGCCCUGCUGUUAACUACAACACUGAAUUUCCCCAGCUUGGUUCAGCGCACCGAUCACCUGUUGCUGUCGAACAGCAACCUCGUCCAAUAGCUCAGCACAUGCCUGCAUCAUGGUCAGCGGCUCAAGCAUCAAAUGCAAUUGGCUAUGGGCCAAAUGGUGUCAUGGGACCUUACAGCCCUGGCCAUACUGGUGCACCUGUGAGAUCGUCUGUUUUCAUGCAUGCUUCACAGCAAUAUGCCAUACCUUCACGCCCUGGAGUCCCAUUUGUACAUCCACAGGAAUCCAUGGGACCAUUUGCACAGACUCACCAACAACAACCUGAUGCUAGUUUGCGCUUUGCCCGGCCCCGAUGGUAG